AUGCGUCGGCGCUACGAGGGACCAAAACGUUCGGCCGGAGUCGGGAGGAGCGGAGGCGCUCGGCCAAGCCGGCCUCCCCGAGACGGCCGUGAACUGCGGGCUCCUGGCACCUUGCGGUCGAGCACGGUCCGGGGAGGCGGCGGGGGCCACGGUGGGCACUCGGAGGGACCGGGAGGGGGGGUCCGGCCGGAGGAGGGAGGAGGAAGGACCGGCGACCAUGGGGGCCGCGGGCAGCAGCCGCCCCGAAGAUGCUCGCCAAGCCCCGAGCAGGAGGAGGAGGAGGAGGAGGAAGAGGAGGAAGAAGAGGAUGAUGAAGAAGAAGAAGCGGAGAAGGAGAAGAAGAAGGCGUCGUCGUCGUCCGAGGUGCUCAAGGGUCGAGCCCCCCACGUCCUGCCCGGCGUCUCGUGGGCCCAGACGUGGAAGACCCUCCUCUCCCAUGUCGGGGAGACCCUCGUGGGUCUUGAACGGGCUUUUCUCUCCCGCAACCCCCUGAAGCCCGAGCAGGUGGUGGCCGCGGUGGCCGAGAAGCGGCCCCAGCUGGUGGAGAAAGAGGGGGUGGAUCGGGCCGUCCCCCAGUGCGUCUCCCUCUUCUUACCUGAGUUCCCUGUUCAGCCUCCUCGCCCACUGAAGAUCGUGGGCUUUGUCGCGAAAGGAUCCUUCGGGACGGUCCUGAAAGUGCUGGAUUGCAGGCAGGAAAAAGUCUUUGCUGUCAAGGUGGUACCAAAGGUGGAGGUUCUCCGACGGGACACCCUGAAGCAAUGCAAGGAGGAAGUCAGUAUCCAGAAGCAGGUCCGCCACCCGUUCGUUCACGGCUUGGGGGACACCUGGCAGGGCCAGCGCCACCUCUUUAUCAUGUGCCCCUACUGCAGCUCCGGGGACCUCUACACCUUGUGGAAAUCGGUCGGCCACUUUGCCGAAGCCGUGAUCCGGCUCUUUGCCACGGAGCUGGUCCUGGUGCUCGCCUACCUCCACAACCUGGGCAUCGUCCAUCGUGACGUCAAGAUGGAAAACAUCCUCCUGGAUGAACAAGGUCACUUGAAGCUGACCGACUUUGGCCUUUCCCGUCACCUCCCCUGGGGAGAACGCGCGUACACCAUCUGCGGGACCCUCCACUACAUGGCCCCAGAGGUGCUGAGCGGCGGCCCUUACGCCCACGCCGCGGACUGGUGGUCCAUGGGAGUGCUGCUCUUCGCCCUGGCCACGGGAAAGUUCCCGCUGGCCCCGGAGAAAGACCACGUCGCCAUGCUGGAGAGCGUGAGACGCUGCGGCUACGCUAUCCCGUCCACGCUCGGCCUGGGCCUUCGCCUCCUCCUCUGCGAGCUCCUGUGCCAGGAUCCGCAGCGGCGCCUGCGCUACCUCCACCACUUCCGUGGCCACCUCUUUUUCCGUGGCAUGACGUUCGACGCCGAAAUCCUCCGGAAGCAGCCGGUGGAGUUUGUGCUGGGGCUGCAGCGAGCCCAGGAGACCCGGAUAGACUCUGCCGCCUUUUCGGAUUUCGACCUUGACCUCACGGCCCCUCCAAGCCAGCCGUGGCCAGGCUGAGCCGCGCCCCACGAGCCAGCCUCCAAGGGGGUGAACGGGGGGGAGGGUGUGGGGACAGGAAACCUCCCCCCCCCAUGGCCACUGUGAGCCAUUCUCAGGCCAUCCUUCUGCACUCAGGAACACGCCUCUCCCGGGCAGCUUUGGAGGUCGGCGGGGGCCACCCACGGAUCUCAGGGACUCUCAAGGCUGGGCCACCCCUCCCACCGGCCCGGUCGCCAACUCAGGGGUCCCCUUUCCACGCACCAGCGCCUGGCUACCGAGCCCUCCUGCUAUGCAAGAUGGAGACGUGGGUUGAACUGGGAGCAUUGGGAGGGGGGGUUCCCAGCGAUUGGAAGGGCCACGGAGAGGAGAGGGAAGCCACCUCUUCCCCAGCACCUGCAUGAGAGCAUCAUCGGUGGGGGUCAGAAUGACACAGGGCUUUGUACCCAACUGAAUGGAAAAGUUACAAGUGGAUUGGGCAGCCGACCAUUUCCACCUGCUGAAGAAGCCUGUGAGAUCCGGAAGCUUGCACUCUUCCCAACUUGACCCCAGUUCUGAACCAAAGAUCCUUCCUUCCUUCUGGAUGUGUUUGGGUUGAAUUAUCUGAGGCCUGACAGGGAAGCCUCUCUCUCUUUCCUCCACUCCAGUUUCUAUAACUCCUUUUUCUCUGUAAGCAAGCAAUAAACUCUUUCUCUGGGUCUGA